AUGAGCAUCCCCAUAGCCAAGUCCUUCUAUGACCUGAGCGCCAGCUCCUUGCAUGGGGAGAGGGUGGAUUUCACCACGUUCCGGGGCCGCGUGGUCCUCAUAGAGAACGUGGCAUCGCUCUGAGGCUCCACGGUGAGGGAUUACACCCAGCUCAACCAGCUGCAGGCCCGGUACCCGCGGCGGCUGGUGGUGCUGGGCUUCCCCUGCAACCAGUUCGGCUUCCAGGAGAACAGCACCAACGAGGAGAUCCUCAGCCUCCUGAAGCACGUCCGCCCGGGGGGUGGCUUCGAGCCCAACUUCACCCUGCUCCAGAAGUGCCAGGUGAACGGUGCCGACACUCACCCUGUGUUUGCCUACCUGAAGCUCCAUCUCCCGGCGCCGGCCGACGAGGCCGAGACCCUGAUGGCAGAGCCGCGAUCCGUGUCCUGGAGCCCCAUCCGGCGCUCCGACAUCUCCUGGAACUUCGAGAAGUUCCUGGUGGGGCCCGAAGGGGAACCCUUCCGGCGCUACAGCCCCCGCAUGGCUCCGGCGCAGCUGGAGCCGGACAUCCAGCGCCUGCUCAAGCUGGCCAAGUAG